AUCAUAGAGUGAAAACAUGAAAUUGCUACGAUUUAUGAUUGUGAUGUGUUUCGCAUUCGUGUGUUUUGGAGAGCGCAUUCUCGUACUGCUUCCUCUAGGCUCAAACAGUCACAAGUUAGCAGUAAUGCCUAUCGUGGAAGCAUUAGCCCAAAAGGACCAUAAUUUAACAAUUAUUUCGGGCUACAAAUCUUCUACGGAAAUAAACAAUGUUCACGAAAUCCAAAUCACAUGUAUCGACAAAAUUCUGGAACGUGUAAAAGUGAACUGGUUUGAAACUCAAAAAGAAGACAGCCUGACUCAAUUAAAGACAAUGAUGAUGUCUCUCCCUCACACUACCAAAUUUGCUUACGAACAAAUUAUGACCCAUCCUGAAUUUCAAACGAUUCUACUGGAACGCAACGUUGAUUUGGUGAUCGUCGACGCUAUUGUGAGUGAGCUUACAUUCCCUAUCAUCGAACAUCUUGGAGUGCCUUUCAUCUUUCACUGUUCUUCCCUGGGUAUUCCUUGGGCAGCAGCGGCCCUUGAAGCCAUGGGGACUGAUUUGAAUUACGCUACUGUUCCAUUCCCGAUGACAGGCUUUGAUGACAUGAUGACUUUCAGACAACGUCUAUUCAACCUCCGAAUGGCUGAGACAUUCCGUUCAAUGAGACAGUCCUACGCUUUCGAUGUGUUGGAUGCGUACGUGAAGAAAGACUUUCCGAACGCUAGUCCAACAGCUAACAUUAUGAAAAUGGCUAGUCUCGUUCUCGUCAACAGUCACGUCACAACAGAUUGGCCUCGUUCAAUACCCCCAACCGUGAUCCCGAUCGGAGCCGUUCACACAAGGCCAGCCAAACAACUACCCCUGCAAUUGAAACAAAUUGCUGAUGAAGCCAGUGACGGUUUCAUUGUGUUUACAUUGGGAUCUAUGAUAAAGGCAACUUCGAUACCCCCCGUCAUUCUACAGACCUUUCUGAACGUAUUUUCUAAACUACCUCAAAGAGUUAUUUGGAAAUGGGAAGGUGACGUUCCCGAGGCCACACCACCUAAUGUGGUGAUGGCUGAUUGGCUUCCACAACAAGAUCUUCUUGGGCAUCCAAACGCCAAGCUGUUCAUGACUCACGGCGGAAUGUUGGGCACUCAGGAAGCGAUUUAUCACGCGGUGCCCUUACUAGGUUUUCCUUUUUGUAACGACCAAAAGUCCAAUAUGGCAAUGGCCAUCAAACAGGGAUUCGGAUUGAAGAUUGAUUGGGAUCGUAUAAAUGACGAUCUCCUCUACAAUUCAAUUAAGACAAUUAUUAACGAACCAAGCUUCAAGGAGAACGCUACAAGGUUAUCCAUGUUGAUGCACGAUCAGUUGGUGCCGGGCACUGACUUGGCCAUCUACUGGAUCGAACACGUUUUACGGCACGGCGGUACCAAACAUUUGCAAGUGGCAUCGAAAAACGUUCCAUUCUAUCAAAGACAUCUCGUCGACGUUGUCCUGUUUCUAGUUGGAAUUUCGGCUGUGAUGAUCGCUUUCAUUUACCGCAUGAUUCGCUUUCUCGUUUGGCAAUGUGAACGUAUAAUACCUAUCAAAUUAAAAAGAAAACAGCAUUAAU